AUGGCAAAGACAAAAGGAAAUGAGAGUAUGAAGAAGAAGAAGAACCCAUUCAUGGAACCACCAAAGAAACAAAUCAAGCUAGGGAGUAGUAGCUCCAAUGCAAGAGCAGCAAUACCAACUUCACCACAUUCCAUUGAUGCAAAUCAAGAACAUGUGGAGAGUCCAAGAAGAGGAGAAGAUGAUUGGGCACUUGUAACCUUUGUUGGAGAACAAAAUCAAGACCCAAGAAAGUGUAAGAAGGCAAUGGAGAAGGUGAACAUCGAGCCAUGUGUGAAGAUGGACACCCAAACCCUUGAUCUUCUCAAGAUAAGAGAUGAUGUCACAUGGUACAUAAGGAAGCUAGGCUUGAGCAAGCUCUUCAAGCUAGAGUGUAGUGAGUACUCACAACUCACCAAGGAGUUCCUCUCCACAGUAGCUCUUGCCUUUCCCAACCACAAUGGAGACCAACCAGCUGGUGAUGGACUCCUACUCUUCAAGAUAGGCGAUGCCAAUGGGCGCAUCUCCAUCUCAGCUCUAUGCCAACUCUUUGGACUUCCCAAUGAGACAGCACAUGACUUCAAGGAGAAUGAUAAACCAGAUAUAAGUCCUUUUCUCUACUGCAAAUUAUCAGUGAUGAAGAUUGUAAUAUAA